AUGCCCAUGCUCAAGGAACCGUCGAAAAAGUACAAGGCGUUCAAGGCAAGCUCCAUCACAUGCCGAUCGAUUGUCAACCGUCAACUGACCGUGCCUAGCCGCUGCGUCUGCCCAACCGACAAUGGCCUGACAAGGUCAUCGAAAAGGCUCCUCGCUGGCUGUCCGAUCGCUGACAUGGAUGGGCUGGUCUCCAAACAGAACGGAGAGGAAAAGUGGCGCUACUUCAAGAUGCUGUGUGCCCUUGGCUACAAGGAGAUCGAGGUCUCUUUCCCCUCCGCGUCCCAGAUCGACUUCGACUUCACCCGCCGCCUGAUCGAAACCCCCGGCGCCGUGCCCGACGACGUCUUCCUGCAGGUUCUCUCGCCCUGCCGACCUGAUCUGAUUCGAAGAACCGUAGAGUCCGUCCGCGGGGCCAAGAAUGCCAUCAUCCACAUCUAUCUCGCCACCAGCGAGUGCUUCCGCCAGGUCGUCUUUGGCUACACCGAAGAGCAGACCCUGGAGCUUGCCGUCGAAUGCACCAAGCUCGUCAGGUCUCUGACCAAGGACAAUCCCGAGGCUUCUGGAACCAACUGGCAGUUCGAAUUCUCGCCCGAGUGCUUCUCCGACACCGAUCCUGAUUAUGCUCUGAGAGUGUGUCGCGCAGUCAAGGCUGCCUGGGGCCCCAAUGGAGCAGUUGGAGACCAAAUCAUCUUCAACCUGCCUGCCACAGUCGAGCUGUCAACCCCCAACGUUUACGCAGACUUGGUGGAGCAUUUCAGCACCAACAUUGGAGACAGGGAGAGUGUGUGCGUGUCUCUGCAUCCUCACAACGAUCGCGGAUGCAGUAUCGCAGCAGCAGAACUAGGCCAGAUGGCAGGGGCCGAUCGUGUCGAGGGCUGCUUGUUUGGCAACGGAGAGAGAACGGGCAACGUCGAUCUCGUCACCUUGGCUCUGAACCUUUACACACAAGGCGUGAGCCCGCUAAUUGAUUUCUCUGAUCUCAACUCAGUCAUUGAGGUAGUCGAAUCCUGCACCAAGAUCCCCGUCCACCAGCGCGCUCCCUACGGCGGCAGUCUCGUAUGCGCAGCCUUCUCGGGCAGCCAUCAAGACGCCAUCAAGAAAGGAUUCCAGAACCGCCAGAGCCUGGGCUAUUCCCACGAAGAUCCGUGGCUCGGGAUGCCCUACCUGCCACUGGAUCCCCAGGACAUCGGACGCAAUUACGAAGCCAUCAUCCGCGUCAACUCACAGUCUGGAAAGGGCGGAAGUGCUUUUAUUCUGCGUGCCAAACUGGAGCUCGACCUCCCCCGCGGUCUCCAGGUUGCCUUCUCCAAAAUUGUCCAGAGACGCGCCGAGGAACUCGACCGCGAGCUUCUGGCUGACGAGAUUACCAAUCUCUUUGAGACGACUUACUUCCUCCGCGAGAACCACCGCCUGAGCCUUGUCGACUACAGCAUCAGCCCCGACCGAUCGCAGUCUCCUAUGCCUUCUGCAUCUGGCAGAACCCAGGAUACGAAGAGCCUGGUCCGUAUCUUCGAUGGUGUCAUCCUCCUGGAUGGCCAAGAGAUCAAGGUCAGUGGCCGGGGCAAUGGACCGAUCUCUAGUAUGGCGGCCGCCCUCAAACAAGUCGGCAUUGAUCUCGACGUUCACGACUACAAAGAACAUGCCAUCGGUGAGGGCCGAGGUGUCAAGGCCGCCUCAUAUAUCGAGUGCAAGCCUACGGGCAGCAAUCAGACCGUCUGGGGUGUUGGUAUCCACGAAGAUGUGGUACAAAGCUCGCUCUUCGCCAUGCUAAGCGCGGCAAGCAAUUUCCUCACAAGUCGGCCAACUAGCCCGCUGCUGAAGCCGGUUGCCGCCGCUCCUCAAGAGACACCCAGUAUCAUAUCUAUUCUGGAGCAAAAGGCAAACGGGGUUUAA